ACGAGAGGUCGAGGCGUGUUUUCUGUUUUCCCCCGCAGCUCCCGACCCCGCGUCGGUUCUUGGGGCGCAGUGCGCGUGAAUUUUGCAAGCUGGUGGGGGAAUCCAUCGCACGGCGCCGGCGCGUCCCUCGGACUCGGUGGUGGGCUUGCCGCCGCGGCUCAAGAACGCAUGGGCGCCGCCGGCCGAGUGUCACUCAGUGUUGCGCCGCACCGCUUGCGCUUUGUGGAUGUGUGUGUCGUGUAGCAUUGUGUUGCCGGCGGAGCCCGGUCUUCAUCUAUCUAAUCUCAACCAGCUGCAACAGGGAUAGAGUGUUAAGUGUGUGUUUGGCACCUGAGAGAGCGACCGCGGGACAGAGACAACAGCAGAAUUACAAAGCCAGUGUAGAGUCAGUUCAUGAAGUGGCAAGCGUUAGCAGCCAGGAUGUUGAGUGUAGGCCAGCGAGUAUUUGGAACUAAGUAUGAAUAGCACGCACAGUGGGCUGAAUAUUAUGUCGGCAUUUGAUGCUGAAAGUUGUGUACUACUCAGUACUUCUUUUUCUUGCUCAACAAGAAUCAAUGCUUUACUGUCGUGGUAGCUCUGAUGUGUCCGUCGUGAGAUGGUUGAUGCUCAACAUCUAUCACUAUCUCCACGGUUGAACUGCAGCACAGCAUUGAUUAGGACUUGUUGUGGCAAAUUAUCACAGGUUUUUUUUCUUCCAUUUCGUUGAAGCUUUUACCUUUUAUGGUCAUUUGUGCAACAUCCAAGCAGAUAAGAAAGACUUUUCGACUCCGCCACGGUCGCUAUGUGUGUCUCCUCUAGCGCGUUUUUCCCUUUAUUUAUCUUCUCCGUCAUCUUUGCCCCCACCACUGCUUCUUCUUCCUCCAACGCGGCGAUCACUCCGAGCUACCAAGCAGCAGCCCUCGACCUGCUCACCAACCAGCACGCCAACGGGCUGGCGGCCCAUCUCGACCUCUCCACCCUCGCCAACUUCGAAACCGCGGUCGCGGCCUGCCGGCCCAACCAUGCGAGCAACGCCCUGGUUCAAAAACGCGCGGACUUUAUGUUGAGCGAAGUGCUUUCCCUCGCCGUCAGCCCGGUUUGCCGGAAUCCGCACGAAGAAAUCGACGCUCUGUUUGACGAGCUCGACGCCGCGUGCCAGGACCGGGUAAAGGAGUCGCUGCGCGUGCUGGUGGCAGUCGCUUCCGCGUCCGAGCUCGACGAACUGCUACGACCGGAUGUUGGGGGAAAUGGAGAUGGACGGGGGAAUUACUAUGGCGAACAGAUAACGGUUUACGGUGCCGGCCGGUCGCCCAGGACCUUCUUGAGGUGGACACGGCCGCCGUCUUCUGCAAGGAGUAGUGGUAGGACGAGUAGUGGUGCAACCGCUCAGCAGCAGGUCGAGCAAGGGCAUUUGCGAGAACUGCCAGAAACCACAACAACUACGCCGCAGCGCAUAGUAGGCCAACAUAUUACUAGCGCGCGACUUUCUUCCACGCCAGGACGAGUGGUGCCGACCGCAAGAAAUACCUCUUCGGCCGCAUCAAGACAGGUUUACGACGACGAGUUAGCGGCCGCGGCGAUUCGCCUGCAGUACCCCGAGUUUUCGGACCAGGACAACGUUUUAGUACAUCACAACGUGCGCGAUCGCGCUUUGAAGUGUUUGGGCAACCACGCAAACACGAUCGGGGGUUAUUUUCCCUAUCUUUCCCAGAUCCGCCAGAUCGCCGCGGCGCCCCGAUCGCUGGAUGACAUCCGGCACAUCUCACCCGGCGACGUGGAAAUGAGCAUGCAAGCGCUGGACUUGCUGGCCAAAUUGUCCUGCCGAGGCGGCAACCCGAACGCGUUUCUGGCGAUGCUACACAUUUUGCAAAACCGGAACGUGUUGCGGAAAAUCCGUAUCCGUGGUAGAAAAUUUGCUGUGUUACGCGUCGGAACGGCAACCAUGUAUCGUAUGCAAAGGCUCUUCGUCUCUCGUUUCAUGCAAUACAGCAUUUUGUCAUCAUGCAUCCGUACGUGCACGGCAUCAAAUUUCAGUUGCAUAAUCAGCACCCGGACGCACAAGUACUUAUCCAUUGCGGUAUUGCAGUCGUCGUUCGGUGCACCGUUGCCCGCGUCACCUGUCAGCAGGACAUCUUCGUCAUCUUCGCAACUACGCAUUGCAAAAGAAAAAGUAUCGCACUAGUGUAGAUUGAUUGCAUUUUCUGCAUACCAUCAAUAAUAAAAUCUGGUCGGUGUAUGAACAUUCACAGCAAAAGUCUGAAAGAAUCUGUGUUGCCAGAUACGGCAAGAAAAAAAAAACUCUUCAUGCUUCACUUUCACAUGCUGUAGUGUAUGUGUACGACGAGUGCGAAACUUCUUUUGCAGUGUAUACAACGCAGCUCGCACGGAUACCUCUUCUCCUGGUGCUUCGACGACCCGAAUGCCGUUUUUCAAUCUCCGCGGUAACAAGGAAAACAGAGGGACCGGAUCGAGUGCAGUAUCUAGUAGUACAAGCAACCGUCAUCAGGAAGAGGCCGCGGCGAGGAUUGAAGCGCAGCGCACGGCGCGCAUGGAAGAUGCGAAGCACGAGGUAAUCAAAUACUUGAACUGGAUGGCUUUGGCGCACUGGGCCUACGACUCCGAAGCGGCGCAGAGUGGCCGUCGUUUCUGGGGGUGAGAGAUGUUCUUCUUGAGACACUAAGUCUGCUUUUAAAUUUUGGGUGUGUUUCCUAGUACACGUUCUUUAUUCGCAAGAUGAAAAAUUAAAUUUUGAGAACACUUCGUUCUAGUAGUGCACUAUGCGUACUGCUGUUAGUCUUAGGUAAGUUCUUGUUUCACUUUCACUAACACGGACCGCAAGUGUUCGUUUAUUUUGCACACUGCUCGACGUGAGGAUUCCAGCAUUGUAUAAACCAAAUGUCUGCAAAAGCACAAAGCAUACACCGGCGUAGAUCAGGACUUUCCAACCUGCCUCUGGCGGGGGUUUAUUUGGUCAGCGCAAAUGAAUGGCAGAAACGAUCGCAGUAGAUAGGACUCUGCACAGCGAGAGUUGCAGCAAGUCAGGAAUGGGCAUGACUGUUCAAUUUUGGAAAAAGCCAUGCAGAACCCGAGAGAAUCAUCGCACGCAAGUGACACUUGGAACGUAAGUGAAAUUUUCUCGGAAAAACUUUGGCGACCUAAGAUCAAGACACACAGCAGAAGCUGAGCACAGUUGAGUACCUAGAGUGAAAUUCUAUCAAAGCAUCGGUUUUCCGUUUGUUAGCCAAGGUUUUCACCUUAAACAACGCCAUCCGCUGCUGAAAUGAACAUCAGCUAACUUCUUUCAGGUUAAGGAUUUUCUCGCAUAGCGAAAACCCCAAUUCCCUACUUAUUCUGGAUUUGCAGAUAAAAUUUUUGAAACAAUAAGCAUCGCUCUUUGUGUUCGCCACCGUUUUUUAGUGGCGUUAAAGAAUUCAUUUUGCAACACAGACCGACGACCACGUGAAACAAAAAAAAUCAAGACGUUGCUCUCAGUACGCACGAAACAAGUAGUCCCAUAAGAUGGUCUGAGUUCUUUUUUCGGUCGGCCGCGCCCUUUUCGACACGAUAUGUGGCGCUCUUGCCGACCCAGAACAGCCGGUCCCGCAACGCCGGGGCACUGGUAGCUGACUCGGGGGAUCUGGUUCUGCGCACGUGAUGAACAGAGCCGCUCUUGCUGACCACGCAGCGCUGGGACAGGACUUGGCUGUGAAGAAGAACUACCAAUCUAGUACUUCACAGAAGGGUCUUGAUGUGGUACCCAACGAGCAUGGAGAGAUGCGACCGGCGAAAAAACGGGGCAGUCGGGCGAACUACAGAUCCGACGGGCCGGACUUUGAUGACGGGUGUCGGGCGAAAGAGUAGUUUUCUUGUCUUUGCGGUUUUUUUUUGUCGGGUGGCUUCCUUGCAGUUGUGUGCAGAAAUAUUAAAAGGAGGUCUACUAGCCUCGAUGAUCCCCAGCGGGGCAAUAGCCGACGAUAGAUCGCUACUGCAAAAACCACGGUUCUUGGCGCAACGGAUGUUUUUUUUCUGGAAGAUGUGACGAUCCAAGGCAAUAGCACUUAUGCUUCUUUGGACCUGAUUUCGUGAAGGUUUUGCCUGUUGCAGAUGUCCACUGCUUCGAAGGCGAAGCGCAUUAGAUGUACACAAAUUUCUGACAUGAAGAAACCUUUCCAAAACGGAAGUUCCUGUGCAGACGAACGAAUUCGACAAGAAGAGAAAGAGUAGACUCUAAGCAU